AUGACAGGUUGUUUGAAGCUUCUGCCUCCUGAAGAGCUUGAGCAUCUUGAUAUCUUAGAGCGCAAAGAGUCAAGCUCCCCUGUUAAGAAACUUGUGUACCUAACCGGUACAGAUUCAAGCUCUCAUGUGAGUGAGACAGUUUGUGGGUUUUUCAACGUGAAUGGAGGGUUUAGGAUUUCAGAUGAGGAUAAGAUAUGCGAAGUUUGCUACGUUACGUUUUGGGACGAUGUUACACACGCAACGCAGGAAGCAGAGGAGACUGUAGAAGCAUUUGCAGGUGUUCCUGAGUAUCCUCUGUACAAGCGUCUAGCUUUAAGCCUAUUGAAAUCGAUUGCUUCUGGUUGUUUCUGUGGGAGUUUUGAGAAGGUUUCGUUGGGGAAAGAGGUUACCUGGUUGAAGGCGAAAGAGGAGGAGUGGAGCAACAUGAUAACCCAAAAGGGUUCUGAGUUAGUCAACCUUGUGAGCUUCAAGUUCAAGAGCCCUUAUUCUCCCUCGAAAGAUGGUGUCAAAACAGUUGAGGCGAGGUGUUUUGAAGCGGAGUAUGAUAGAGUUCAACAGAGAGGCUCUCUGGUUAUGAUAAAUAAAUGUCUCCUGUUUGAAGUUAUGGAAAUGCACAAAUAUUCAUCUUUCUACGAGCUGUUAAAAGCUGAGAGUCCAGAGAAAGUCUUCCCUGGAACCAAUACACUUGAAGAAGGUAUGCAAAUGUUCAAGAAGUUGUGUGAUGUUGUUGAUCAAGAGAAGAAGAACAACGGUGUUGUUGCAAUCCAUCUUAGUAAAUCAGUUUCUCAGCCUUGUGUAGCUUUGUCUCACAUACUCUCUGUACGUUCUAGCUUUUUCCAUGUCUCUACUUCUGUUGUUCAUAUGAUUCAUUCUCUUAUGCUUCUUCCAAAAACUACAGGGGUUAGGAAAGCUAGAAAACUAACCUUUACAGAUAUUGAGUGUGAACUUCUUCAUGUUAUUAUCGUGUCACACUAUACUGUAUUUGCAGCACUGUUUGUAUAAAGUUACAAGAAUAUAGUACUGCUAAAAGAGCUAGAAAAAGGCGUUGCAGUUGCACCUAAUGAAUCAAAGUUUAAGAUGAUGGUAGAUGAAUGCAAUUGAAGGUAACUAUUAAAUUUAUAAAAAAAAAUAAUGUUUAUGUACACCAUGUACAUAUACAAACAACCUCACAAAAAAAAAAUUGAUUUCAAUUUUAUAUUUUAUAAAAUGAUCAUUAAACUAUGUCGACUUACUUUUAAUUUUCAUAGUUUUAAUUUUCAUAGAACUAAAACUGUAAAAAAUUAAAAGCAAUAAUAAUGACAGGUAUAUGAAUAGCUAUUAAUUCAUCAGUCUCUGCGACCCGAAGACGUUCAAAAUACCAUAAUCAUAAAUUACUAAAUGAAUUAUACAGUAAUUCAAAAAAUAAUUGACAAUUAUUACACCAUUGAUUCCAAUCAUGGGUAAGGAACUAAGGAUUCAUCGAGUAGAGUUUGAAAGUAUGCUUCACAUUCUUUGUCUCAAUUCAAGGAGUGUCCUAUUUGUUGAUAUUCGAAUAUAUGAUCACUUAUGCAUGUUUUGUGGAAACUAAGUUUCCCAAAUUGAAUCAGUAAAAUAUGCUACAUAUUUUUAUCGGUUUAACUUCUAAGGCAUCCGUUUUGAUGAUAUUGAAAUAUAUUAGAUCCCUUACGUAUCUUAUUUAUUUUGAUUAAUAAUAUCCACUUGGUUUUUCUUUAUUAAAGAUUCAGUGUACGAAAACAAGUUCACUUUUUGAUUAAGAUCAUUGUGAAUUGAUGAGAUGUGGCUAUCCAUUAUCAAUGUACAACUCCUUUCAAAUGUAAGAACAUAAUAUCUCUUUUGUGGUCAAAUGAACAUAAUAUCUUUUUUUUAAACACAAAUGAACAUAAUAUCUAUUAUGAUAAUUUUUCAUAAAGUAACAUAUAUUCAGACAAAAGGUUAUAAAAUAUUAUUCUAUAAAUGGUUAAUUAAUGCAUAAGUUAAUAUUCACUUUCUUUAAAAUGAUUUCAGGACCAAUUAUUUUAUAAAUGGUUAAUUAAUUUAUGCAUAAGUUAAAAUUCACUUUCUUUACAAUGAUUUCAGGAUCAUUGGUGUAGAAAGUGAAAUAAAUUAUAUCUACAUACUUUUGAUAAAUAUUUUAAGCCAGGGAAUUAUUCAAAACUAGAAAAGUAUAUUUAGUUUUUAUUCAAAUCUACAAUAUUUUUUAUUUUAUUUGAAAUUAUUUAUUUUCUUCAAAGAAUUUUUUUCAAUAAUAUAAAUAUAUUUCCUUAUUCUAAUUAUUGAGCAGAGAUAUAAAUAAUUUUAAUAAGGAAAUAUAUUUAUUACAUUGGUUAAGUCUUUACUAAACAAUAUGAACAUAUUUUCUCAAAAUAUGGGAAAAUAAUUGUACGAAAAUUAAGUUUUAUUUUUUCAUAAGCUUAUGUUUCAAAAUAUAUAUUAAACUAUAAUAGUUUUUACUUUUUAAAAUUUGAAAAAAAAAUAUUUAGAAUAUAAUCCGCAAAACCACAAUCAGACUUGAGAUCAAGGUAUUGUUUUACUAUAUCCAUGUUGUAUUUUGGAGAUUUCUUUUAGAUCAUUCACUAUGAUUUUCACUGUUUUUAAUGAUUCAAUGUAUGUUUUUUAUUUUGAAUCAGAAAGAACUAGCUCAAAGAUUUGAGAGAGUAAAGUCUAUUGAUCUGCAUCUUAAAUAGAACCAUGGUAAUUUCAAGCAUUUGAUUGUGCUCCCAUGCAACUUAGUUGUAGUGAUUGAAAGACAACUUUAGACCACUUGGUAUCAUUAAUUUUGUGGAGUAGCAACAUAUUUUUUGCUUUUAUAGUUCUUACCUUUAUUUUAUGACCGGAACCGAUAUCACAUUAUUUUGCAGGUUUCUAGAAAGUUUAUGUUCUAGAAUUUUGUGUAUUUGGAACUAUCUGACACAUGUGGAUGAAUAGUUUUAUUUUCUUUAUCUGUUUUCAUAUGCACUAAUAUUCAAUGAAAAAAAUUUGUGAUGAGUAAUGACCAAAAGUGCAAUUGGAAGAUUAUUUUUAUGUAUUCUAUGAGGUUCCAUAAAAGAAAAGACUAAGAUUUUUGAGAA